UAUCGUUGCUGCGUGUUUGUGUGGGAAGCUGUCACUCAAAUUUUUAGAAAUGCAACUGGAACUGACGGAUUUUUGUUCCAGCAUAAUAAUCAUUGAUAUAAUGGGAUUCUGAGUCCAAUCCCCCACAAUGGCCACCGAUUUUGACGCAUUACUGGGUGUAGACUCCCUCUCCAGUCUUGAGCAAGAGACUAAUAUUUUAUCGGCACGAUCCACCAGCUCUCAAAGUUCAUUGGAUGAUGUCUUAGGAGGUCACCAGACAAGGAAGAAGAAAUCGAGCACGCUAAGUCGCUUAAAAAAACUGAAAAAGCCUACAGAUAUUCAUCAGCACCUUGAUGGACUUUCUUCUACCCCACCCAUCGAUGAAAUACCAAAGGAUCUGAGCCAAUUCAAACCAAUCAAACAAAUCAAUGGGCAAGCGAAAGAAACUCUCGACCAAAGCCGUGAAACAACUUCACAAGUACUCCAAGAUGGACAAGAUGAAAUCUCGUCAAUUCUCACGAGAGAUCGUGAUUUACUGAACAAGAAACCAUCGCCCUCCCCUCGUGUCAAACCUCGUCGUUUUAGGCCACAAGAUGAAAAUCUCAGUGGUAUGGACGUCGGGGGCGAAGUCCGAGCGAAGGAUAACCAAAGUGAGUUCGGAAUCCGUCCUUCGCCUUUUGGAAGACUAUCCGGAGCCCCACCCCUUAAUGGAGGGAAUAGCGUUUCCUACAAGAAUGGAAGCUCAGAUGCAACUCCGGAAGACGAACUGGACAACAGUAGUGCCCUCAAGGCGCAACGAUUCCCAUCACCGAAAGUGAGACCACGCAAAUUUCAUGACGAGAGUUUGAUGGGAUAUAACGCGGCGGAAAUGUGCAUAUCUAAGAGGGAGAUGGAACCGUCCAAGAGUAGUGGGCAUAAAGCCAAAGAACAGGAGUUUAAUUACAGAAAUUUGGAUCCUGUUUUGAUGUCUACGGAACAGGUGUCAUCGUUACCGCCAGUGAAUAUGGAACAAAAUAAUAGGACAAGUAUCGGACAGUGGAGAAAUAAUCAAACGUCAGUUGAGAAAUCAACAGAAAUCAAUCCAGAGAGUGGUGAGAAUGUAUUGUCGAGUAAGCCGUCUGACGAGAUCUCAGAAGAAAUAUCUGAAGACAUUGACACCGGUUCGGACUCGGACGAUCUUGUUAUCCCAGACAACAGCGCAAAGAGAAACGUCCACGAAACCAAAAUGAACGCAACAUACGGUGUCGAGUCUCUGACAAGAAUCUCAGCGGACGGACAAAGUGACUCUGUGGAAAUAUCAAGUAGUAGCAUAAGUUCCCUCACCGACGUCUCUAAAUUAAUGUCGCCAAUCUCAGCCUCGACACCAACCAAGACAAACUCUGAAAUGAAUCUUAAGUCAACGAUACCAAGUUCAGACGAUGACGAAGAUAUUGUUGUAAGCACCUUUGCCGAUAAACAAGUGGAGGAGGUGAUCUUGCCAACUACUUUACAAGCCGAAGAGACGACUAUGAAAAAAUUAACAUCGGAGGAAUUCGCCGCAGAGUUGAAUCAACUUAGUGAAGAUGAAACUUUGUUGAACUACAACCAGUCUCUAAACGGGAACAUUUCAAGUACGACGAUCCAAGACGAUAGUGUAUUCAAUAAGGAGACAACUUUAACGACUGAUCUAGAAUCUGUUGACCAGACUACGAAGUUAGCGAACGACCGUCCAAUGCCUCUAAUUGUUGAACCAUCUCCCCAAUCAUCAUCGCUUGUCUCGAUAUCAAAGAAAUCCUACCGGGACGACGUCGAUAACUCGGUUGCCAUGUCUGAGCCAACUUUCGGAAGCAACUCCAUGUUUUCAGAUACGAAUCGCUCCUUCAUGUCUACGGGUGCCCUGUCGACGAUUACAACAAGAAGUGCCAGACACAAGAGUUAUUUAAGCGGAGGAGCCAGUACCUCGGGAUCGUUGAUGAGUAAAGAGGAAUUGGAACGAUUCUUCCCGGAUAGGAAAGUGAAAAUCUUCAUUACAACAUGGAAUAUGUGCGAAGGAAAGGUUUUACCGGAGAACUUAGAGGAGUUACUCCUACCAGAGGACUGUGUUUUAGUUCAAGACAUUUAUGUGAUUGGAACUCAAGAAUCGGGAUCCGAUGGCCAAGAGUGGGAGGUGCGUCUACAAGAGACGCUGGGUCCAUCUCAUGUUCUUCUUCAAUCAGCGACGUACGGCGUCUUACGACUUCUUAUCUUCAUCAGACGGGACCUCAUCUGGUUCUGCUCAGCUGUUGAGGAAGAUACAGUGUCUACGAGGGUAUUCUCUAUGAUUAAAACCAAGGGUGCAGUAGCUCUGGGCUUUACCUUCUUCGGCACAUCGUUCUUGUUCAUCAAUUCACAUUUUGCAGCUGGGGAUGAACAAAAUAAAGAGCGGAUCGCUGAUUAUCAGAAGAUCGUUAAAGAGCUUCAACUCCCGGUUAAAGUUCCACCAACGAGGAAAUAUAAUAACUUGAAUACUGACGUCACAACUCGUUUUGACUGCACCUUCUGGUGUGGAGAUUUCAACUUUCGUCUCGUUGAGAAUCGAGCCAAGGUGGAGAACUGGGCGGGGAAACUACGAGACGGGAAAAACGAUGACUAUGGAAUCCUCCUGCAGCAUGAUCAACUUAAGAAAGCUAUGGAGAAAGAUAUGGUUUUUAAAGGGUUCCACGAAGGAGAGAUAAAGUUCCUACCCACCUACAAGUAUGACGUCGGUGGUGAUGUGUAUGACACUUCAUCUAAAGCUAGAGUGCCAUCCUAUACAGACCGAGUACUUUGUAAGAGCCGACGAUCAGAUCAGAUACACAACGUAUUGUACAACGCAAGCAAUAGCAUCAAAACGUCCGACCAUAAACCAGUCUAUGCAAUGUAUGAAGUCAAGAUAAGACCAGGAAAAGAUGACUCGCUCACAUCGGGUGGAGUGUUUUCAAGGGAUGUGUUUGUUGAAGCCAAUAAGAGACGAGCAGCAAAGGCCGCCAUGUCCGGCACUACGAUGUCACAAAAAUCCAGCACUGUUUGUUCUGUUAUGUGAAGCAGAGCUGCAGACACCAUGCACUAUAGGGAGUUUUUGUCAAGACGAAGCCACACUGCAGACACCAUGCACUACAGGGAGUUUCUGUCACGAUGAAGCCACACUGCAGACACCACGCACUACAGGGAGUUUCUGUCAUGACGGAGCCACACCAUGCAUUAAAGCGAGUUUCUGGGCAACCACGCAUGAGUGGGCGCAUAUAAUGAAUGGGCCACAGGCCUCAUUAAAAUGUGCUAGACUCUGGUACAUUUUUUGUUAACCAAAACAAGGCGUUAUUAGCAAAGUGUGCUGGAUAAAAAAUACACUAUUUAAUACUAUUUAAUACUUGGAGUACUAUUUAAUUAGAUAUUUUUAAAAGUAUUAAUUACAGAUUGUGACAUUUCAAGCAAUAUUCUUAAGCAGGCUAAAAUCUUCUUUUUAUUCAUUCCUAACUUAUUCUAUAUUAAUGUACAAAAUAUUUGGCGUGUUGGUGUAUCCUUUCAUUAUUUAAGUAUUACUUGCGUAAUUUCGUGUGAACAUAUGACUUGGGGAGUUUUUUUUUUAUAUUUUAUCCUUUUCACUGCGGUGUGUGAGUUUAUUCAUACUAAUAUGCACGGUCUUUGACUUGAGUUCUGUACUUUACUGAAUGUGGGUUCGAAUCCUGUCCUGGUCAGUUGUAACACUUGUGUCCUUGAGCAAGGCAUGGUUGGUAUGUGCGUUAAGCGCUCACCUCUCACUAAGGUGACCCUGGUUCGAUACCUGGUUAGGGCCAUAUGUGAGUUCUCUGCUGUUCCACGAGGGUUUUUCAGACCAUCCGGUUUUCCUCCCUCUAGAAAAAUCAAACACUGUCGAUCUCUGGCUGUGCUUCGUCAUAAUGGAUUGAUGAGGCUGGCUACCAAAGGAGCCCCCUUGCAUGCCUGCUUCUCGAACAAGUUGUAGCUGCGUCCUUCGCAACUCAGGUCUUAGCUGUGAGUAAGGAUAAUUAGCCUCCCAAAUUAUUUUAAAAAGGCACCUGAUCAUUGUUGCUUCUCUCCACGCAGGAGUAAAAAUGUGAGAGCUGGGGAGUAACCUACAAUGGACUGGUAUCCUGUCCAAGGGAAGUAGAAAUAUUCUCAGUCGUUUAAAGACAGUGGACACUAUUGGUAAUUGUCAAAGACCAGUCU